AUCUCCUUACCUUCUUCCGAUCCACGAUUUUAACAGCCUAGAUAUUGCCGGAAGAUGCAGCGAGAUACUACGGACUAUCACCCAAUGGUCUAGGUUUCCUCAAGGGGCAGUGGGACCUUCUGGAGUCUAAUCGUAACCUGCAAUGCCAGCGAUCGGUACUCCUAUCUAACCUCGGCAAUUCGCAUUCCCCAGGUUUCGUUGACUCCGCAGACGAACAACUAACGCAGGGCGAUGGUCUUGUCCCAGAAUUUAGACGAACGUAUUCCAUACAGUCGACCGAAUCUAUCUUCCUACUACCCUAUCCCCUACUUCCACUUAAUCCGGCAUUCAGACCAUGGCAGAGAACGAACGGCCUUUGGGCCUGCUAUUUGACAUCGGGGGAGUGUGUGUUCUUUCUCCGUUUCAGGCCAUCUUGGACUAUGAGUUGGGUCACAAGAUUCCUCCGGGAUGGGUGAACUUCAGCAUCUCACGGACCUCGCCCAACGGUAGUUGGCACAAGCUGGAACGAGGCGAAAUCAAGAUGGACGCCGAAUUCUUUGCGGCAUUCAAGACGGAUCUACAAAGACCAGACCUAUGGAGGCAGUUUCAUGAGAGACUCCAGGAAAAGCACGGGGGCGACCUUCCCGCAUCGGUCCCUCCACUCCCUGAGAUAGACGCAGAGUUCCUCUUCUGGGAGAUGAUGAGGAUCUCCAGGACCCCAGAUCCGUACAUGUUCCCUGCCUUGAAGCAAUUAAAAGCGUCGGGGCGGUUUGUCAUGGGGGCUUUGUCGAAUACAGUCAUAUUCCCUGAUGGCCAUCCAUACGGCGCUGAGUUGGACGAGAAGAAGUCACAGUUUGACUUCUUUAUCUCAUCUGCUCAUACCGGUCUGCGGAAGCCCGACCGAAAGAUAUACCAGGCUGCGCUGCAAGAGAUGGAUACUCUCGCCAAACAGAGGGGGGUGGGCGGGAUGCGUCCAUCCGACAUCGUUUUCCUGGAUGACAUUGGGGAGAACCUUAAGGGCGCGAAGAAGGCCGGGAUGCGAACCCUCAAGGUGAAUCUGGGAAGAACCCAGGAUGCUGUCAGGGAGUUGGAGCAGAUUACAGGGCUCCAAUUGUUAGAUGGCCCGGAUAAACCCCGGCUAUAGGGUCAGUUGUCUGGCUCAUGAUCUAUUUUCCUAGAGUGUACGGGGUAGAAAUCUUGGAAUCGGAGGGCAUGGCAGUGUAGAUAAUAAUAACUUGACGAC